CUGUGCGCAGGGUUCGCCAGGCUGAGCGCUAGCGAAGCUGUCUGCGAACGCAGCAGCAGGGAAAGCGUACAGUAUGUCUGGACAGCGUUCCACGCGAAGCGGGAAUGCCGAAGAAACUGCGGUAUCGGCAGGCGCUCAAGGCGCAGUUCGCUCGUUGGAUGGUCUUUCGCCUUCGCCAAGUGCCAAGACCAAUGGCAAUCGCGGUAGCGGCACCGCCGGGAACCUUCCUGGUGUGGAGGAGCAAGGAGCAACAGCGAAUGUUGAUGAUAGGGCUGGUCGAGCUCGUCCCCCGUUGGCUCGUGCUGCAAUGUUGAAACGACAAGCACGCGCAGCUCAGAAGGGCAUUUCAUUUUUCGAUGAGGAAGAAGAGAGGCUCUUGAAAGAGGCUACCCAGCAGGCCCGUGAAGCUCACGAAAGCAAUAACGGUCUGCCGCUCUUGCAGUUUAGCACCCUCACCAAGGACAAGGGAAAAGCCAGAGCAAUUGACGCACCGUCACAAGCGCACGCGCUUUCACUAUUAUCGAAGAAGGGUGGAGAUGAGCGGCUGAACGCACCUUUGCAGAAUAUUCCAACGCGAAACAUCUUUUCCAUUGAGUAUCCCGGUUUCAUUUUGCCACCCGCGGAAAGGCAUAAGCCAGGCCCAUCAGGUCUUGAACGUGCUCUGGCAACACUCUCGCCUGAUCCGCCACCGCUCAGCAACCCGCAAAGCGCUCUUGAGCACAUGGCCAACCUCCUGGACAGGCGAGCGGAGGUAGUCGAGUGCAGACUUGGUGCAAAGUAUUACCCACCUGUGCCCAAAGCCGAUGAUACUGCGCGUAAUGGCGCCCAUGGCGCGAACAAGUACAAAGGAAAGGGACACGCACGGGAUAGCGAGGCACGACACGAUCACGUAUCGCAACAUGCAGUCACGGAGAUUGGCAAGAAGCUGCCCCUGGCUGCUCUCAAUACUCCAUCAGAAUUCCAGCUCGACAGCAGCCUCUACAAGCACCCGAUCCUCGGCAACGUGGUCGCCACAAACAACCCUAUCAUCCGCAUCCGCCGUCGCAAGUGGAAGCGGCGUGGAGCGACGGGUAUAGACGGGCAAGAUGCUGGAGUGUGCAAGGAAUAUAUGAUCGAGCUCGUCGGUACGGCAAAGCAAACUGUCCGAUUCAGGACGCUGGCGGAAUAUGCAUUCGAGCCGGAGGUCGGUCAUGUGCACCUUGGUGAUUCAGAGGUGCUCAAAGCGAACGCCCCCAUUGGUCUGCCGUUGAGGCAAGGGACCGAUUGGUCAGAUGAGAAUGCAAUCGCAGCGGGAAGGAGGCAGCACCGAGAUGACGAAAGCUGUGACAGUGAAAUGGAUAUCGGCGAGCAGUUCGAAAUGCAUGAAGAGCUGAGUGCCGCACGCACGUCCCGGCCAAGAUCUAAAGGCAAGCGGCGCGAUUCCGCUACUUUGAACGCAGAACAAUAUGCAGCUUCGAUGCUGGACAACGCUCACGGUACGGUUCUUCGUCGCAAAGCGACACAGUGGCCCAGCACGGGGAAUAAGACACUCAGUCUCCAUGCCGCGAUGAUGACGAUGAACACGCAGGCUUUGCGUGCAUUCCGAUUCGACCCUGAGCUGCAAGACUAUCUCGUAGAGGUAAUGGUACCUCAUAAGGACAAGAAGAGGCAUGUUGCAGAUCUCAGGAAUGUGCCCUGCGCGACGGCUCAGGAUGCAAGAUCGCAUGCUGCCGCAGGCCCCGCCAUGCUUCCUUUCAUGAAGAGCAACCUCAAUCUCAUUCCUCCUGCGAGGUUCCUGAAGCAAAACCCACCUUUCCCAUACUACUUUCGACAAAAUGCCUACGCCAGCAUCUUGGAAACACCACAAGGUGACGGUACGGUCCGGCGUCGCUGGGUGAACGAGCGUUCGUGGAAGGGCUACUCGGCCAUCGCUUUUCAAUUCGCCAGGCCAGCACGCGGGAACAAUUGCGAGGAGGCAUCAGACGGCGAGGAAGGCAGAGGUGAAGGUGAUGAUGAAUAUCAAGUUUCGGAAGGAGAUGCAGACGAGGGUGGCGAGGAUGAAAUGGGCAGACAGUCACGGCCUGUUGGCAAGCAAGAUCUCGUCCUCAACACAGCACCAACUCCGUUGAGCCCUCCGCCACAUGUUGAGGCUCAGCGCAAGAAUGUCCAGCAAGACUUGCUGAAGCGUUUGGAAAGAAUGUUCGAAGAGCAGCCCAUCUGGUCUCGCGCCCGCCUCACUAACCAAUUCGAAUCGAAACAGGAUCGCCAAGCGCUCACGAGUAGCAAGCUGCUCAUCCCUCUCGUCGCGUAUCAGAUAGUUGAUGGACCGUACAAAGGUUCACUGGUUCGUUUUGGGUACGACGUCCGCGCUGAUCCGAACAGCCGCUUCUUCCAGCGGCUUUCAUUCAGGACACUCAAUCAGCGAAGGCGUUAUCGGCGCUCUAGAAAGAUUACGAAGCAUUACGGGACAGAGGAGGCGGAAGACGCCACCCCGCUUCUGGAAGACGAUGAGGACGAAGGGGUGGAGGGUAGGGAUGGUGAUAUGCGUGAAGAAGAGGACCAGGCCGUCGAUGGCGGUGGCGAUGGCGAUUAUGAUCGUUACAGGACGAUGGAUGCGGAUGGCGAAGCUGGCUCCAGGCCAGGCUCUUCAGGAACUUCGAACAAAAGCCAUAUCUUCGACGGCAAAAAGAUUCACGACAAUAUGGCCUCAUUUUUCUUGGUGGACAUCACUGAUCCGUCAGUGCAAGAGCUUGUCAACGACACAAGUCCGCGAGCAUUGAGGCAGGGGAUCGAUGUGCACACUGGUUGGUACACAAUGCUACAGUGGGAGCUCCUCCGCGAAGUGACCAGUCUCAAAUACCGAUGCGUCUCCAUCGAAGGAAGGGAAGCGGCGGAGGACGAGGUGAAGUUCUGCAUCAAGCAAACCAAGGAUCGACUCAGGCGAGCUGGCGCGCUUUCCGUCGGAGUCGGGGAGGACUGGGACGUCGACGAGUACAAAUGGGACAGCACGAGGCCAGGAGCCUUUGAGGAGCGUCUUGCCGAGGCGCAAGAGAUGAUGGCGGACGAGAUGCAAGGCGCUGGAACAACCGCAAUCGCGGGGAGGGGCAGGGGAAAGGGUAGCGCAAAGCCUGGGCGCAAACCGAAGAUGAAGCAGAAACAGACUCGUCCAAAAGGCAACGUUUUGUAGUGCAACAUCGUUCACGAUGCAAGCGCUCCAUACUCGAAUGAGGUAUGAGAACC